AUGAACUCCAAAAUUGACGAAAUUGCAAGUUCCGUGGCAUCACAAGAUGACAAAUUUGUUGGGUUUAUUGGUGUCAUUGAGUCAAUUGAACCGAUAGAGGCCAAUGAAGCCAAGCUUCAGCAGUUCAUAACUAAGAUGUUGUCGCUUAGCUACGGAGGCAUGAACGCUGUGUUUGAGCAGCUUCUCAAACAUAUUCAACCAGCGGAUGAAUCCUCAUUCUCCACACUAGAAGAAUCAAUACUCAGGUUCAUUCUGACCUCAAUUGAGCCUUUGAUUCUCUCGUUUUAUUCAACAGAUCAGAAAGCUCGGAGCCGUCUGGCUGAUAUUUACCAGAAUAAUGGCAUGUACACCAAAGCAGCCAGUGUUCUUCAGGAAAGACUGUCUAUAAUUGCUUCGUCUUCCACUGCCUCUGCAAAAAAUGAAAAUGAGAAUGAAAAGUUUGAGCUUUAUGUUAGAAUUAUGCGAAAUUAUCUAGAGGCAGACCAACCAGAGAAUGCCAGCACCUUCCUUAGCAAAGCUCAGUAUCUACGUCCACAAUUAGAGUCUCGAAAUGAGAUCACCGAUAUCCAUUUUCAACUGUCGCAGGCUCGAAUUCUUGAUUCAACUAGAAAAUUUCUCGAUGCUGCUAAUAGAUACUACAAUGUCUCGAAGGAAUCACUUGUAGACGAAGCUGACAGACUGGCAUGUCUUGGGCAGGCCGUUUCCUGUUCUAUUCUCGGUUCAGCUGGUCCUAUCAGGUCCCAGAUCUUACAUCGUCUCUAUAACGAUGAGCGAUCUAGACAGCUUGACAGCUUUUCUAUCCUUGAAAAGGUAUAUCUUGAUAGACUAUUACUUCCCAGUGAUGUCGAAGAGUUUGCAAGAUCCCUUCAACCACAUCAGAUGGCUAUGCUUGCUGACGGAACCACUGUUUUAACUCGUGCUGUAAACGAGCACAAUGUACUAUCGGUCUCAAAAAUCUAUAAGAACAUCGGGAUUCAACAGCUUUCACAGAUUCUUGAUCUCGCCCCUGCCAAAGUCGAACAAUAUACAGCUUCCAUGAUUAGCCAAAACAGAUUGGCAGCACAGAUCGACCAGAUCGAUGGAUUCAUUUAUUUCACGGGUUCACCAACCGAAUCUGACCCUGUUAAACGAUCUGAUGACCGACUCCAAGACGUUCUCUCCCUUCUUGAUGAUGUCGCAUUGAAAAUUCAAAAACAGCAAAAGCUGGCCCUUGGUGCUACCAACUAG